CUCCCUCUGUACGAUGUAUGCCUGUUAUACAAGCAUAUCUUUUUCUAAGAAGGAAUGUAUAAACCCUUAAUCAUCGAAAACAGAAAUGUUAAUGUGUUGACCCAUGAGUGCCCUACUAAGAAAGAGAUUGCUCUAUGUUGCAUUGACUCCCAAGGCACACAACAUUCUAUAAUGUUUUCUUGCUGCGAUUGUGAACCAACUGCUCUUACCAUGGUUAGAGCUCGACUCUGGCCGGCUAGUCCUCGUCUCCCAAAAUUAGCCUUCACAUUCGAGUUGUUAGAAUGGGCAGAAGCUCUUCUGUUGGAAUGCCAAGUGGCUCUUGGGGAUUUCUGCAAAGCCCUCCACUUUAAGUCCCCUCAUUUAACCAAUAAGGAGAGAGGAAGCGUCAUGAUUUCUAUGGAUGCUCUAUUUGGACUUCCACGGAAAAAGUCUGCCGGACAGAGUCAUAGAGAUCCACUUCAUGGCCACAUAUUCUUCAAAGAUCAACCUUCAGUUGAUGAGCAUGUUGCUAGUUCUUCUCGAAGAAAUGCUUAUGAUAAGGUGUGCAGUGACUUCUUAGCUGGUGAUGUGCUACGAUCAUCAAAUCGUUACAAAGCCCUUGAUGAGACAGCUUUGUUUGGUUGUGCUUGUAGGCAUGAAUUUCCACUUAUGUUCAUCAAUUUGAAACAUGGAGAGAAAGGAUAAGCUAUGCUGAAUGGCUUUGCAAGAAAUGGUUCAAUCAUAUCCAGCUGAAAUAAAGCUACAUGUGAUGUAUGAUAAUUAUAGCUUGCACUCUAAACAAGUAUAAUUAUGCAGAAAGAUGAAGGAAGUAAUGUUUUAUUGAAGAAAGUGCAGCUUUGCUUACCAAGUUUCCAUGCUUAUGGUCACAAACCACAGUGUCAGAUAAUCUUCAGUCCAUUGCGCUGUGAUGGUUUAGGGCUCUCAGAUGGUGAAGUAAUGGAACGUCUUUGGUCCUUUUUACGCCGUUUCUCUCGCAUGACAAAGGAAAUGCGGCCAGCCCACAGAACGGAUGUUCUUUGUCAUGCUUUGAUUUACUAUGGAUACAAGACAAAGAGAAAGCUAGGCAGGACCAUCACCUAACCUAUUACAACUAUUAAGCUCUGCACCUGAUAGGAUCACUGUUACUAAACCGUUGGAAGAAAGCUGAACAGAUGCAAAACAGGCUGACAAAACAUUUGUACCCUUGGCACUAGCAGAUGUGCUAUCUCCUGUUUCUGAAUUCUGGCAAUGUCCUUCCAGUGAAAUCCCAGUCAGCAUAAAGAGGGACAUCAUAUAUAGACUCAAAAGAUGCGAUGAAGAGCUUCUUUUGCUACAAACUGAAAUGCAUAAUGUGAUCGACUACUACAAUGAGAAGGAAAAGAAAAUUAUUUCUGUACUGCACAAGAUCACAAGUGGUGGAACAAGUCAGUUUCACAGAGGUUGCAUCUCUCUCUUAAGGAAACUUCAUCUGGAAGUUGAGCUUUUUCGAUCAAUAGCUGUGUCUGCUUAUGCCUCUGUGAUUGCUGUCCCAAAGUCUCACCCUUUAGUGGACGCUGGACACAUGUAUGAUAGUUGGGGCCACUGUGUCUCUAUGGUCUAUGUUCAUCCACAGUGUUCAUUGAUGUAAAUAAUUCUCUUGAUUAUGGAUCUUGAAUUAAGUUGGUAAUUAUAACAGUAGCUAUCCAUGACUAAUCCAGCUCUUCACCGUCACUUGAGCUCUCAUACUCAGAGUCUGAGCUAUCAGAAGCAUCAUUGACACACACAUUAUAGCUAACAUUUCAGGUGAUGUAGGAGGUCUGAACAUGGUUUACAAGUCCAUGUUUCAUCUUCAU